CAGAGCCGUUCAGACAGACCAAAAGGAGCAGAACCACACGCAUUCCUGCUCCCAAUCUCACAGUCAAUCCAAGACAGAAGGAAAGGGGGAAGGGGAAGGAGGUAAAAAGAGUGUGGGAGAGGGGAGGAGAAGAGGGGGGAGAUCGCUGAAUGGACACAGCCCCCCAUCCCAAGCUGUUUCAGUUCCCGUCCACUCACGUGGGAGUCAGUAUAUUGUGGAGUUGGAGACGGAAUGUGGACGGCGAUGCGGGAAACAUGAGAUUUUAGAAAGGACGCGUGUCAUUGGGUCACAGGAUCGCCCCCUGGGAAGAUUUUGGAAGUCAUGGUGGUAGGAGCUGAUCUGUAUGCAGAGUGAAAUCUAUCAUGACUGUGAUGUCAUUGGCACACCGCAGAUACUGAGCCAUGGGUAACACAGAAAGUCAUAGCAGCGGUCAUGGUUAUUAUGGAGACGGCCGGCGCCACCUCUCCCGUAAGCACAUGUCCCGCUCGCUCCGCCUGUCCAGCAAGCAGACGUACUGUUCCCGCCGUACGCCGUCUGGAAAACCGGAGCAUCGCAACUCCGAGACCAGCACGCGCUCCAGCAGCACUCCCAGCAUCCCGCAGUCGCUGGCCGACCACGGCCUGGAGCCCUUCAACGACUCGGACAUGCUGCCCGACUUCAGCAGCCCCAUAUGGGUGGACCGCGUGGCCAUGAAUCUCAGACCCAUGUCCUUCCACAACCAUCCGGCCCAUUCGCCCGCCGCGACCCACACCGCCAAACAGGCCAUGCAGGACGACGCCGAACCGCCAGAGGACAAGUCCCACGUCCAGCGCACACAGGACGGCUCCCAAGAGGCAUCCAGCUUUAAAAAGAAACGCUCUAAGUCUGCGGACAUGUGGAGGGAGGACUCACUGGAGGUGUCCUUAUCCGACCUGAGCCAGGAGCACCUGACCAGCACGGAGGAGAUCGGAGACACGCCGGACACCUGCGAAGCCAGUUUGCAGUCGUCCGCUCAGGAGCUGCUGGACUCAAACCGUGCCAAUUCUUUAGACGAGCUCUACGGACCGAAGAGCCCCGCCUGCAGGCCUACGCACGGACGCUAUGCCAAAUGGCACAAGGGUGGCGCCACAAGCAGAGAAGGUGAUGAGGAUAAAAUAAUCUCGCCCUGUGAGGACGACGGAGCCGCCUAUGGCGCGUAUACGCUGCCCUGCCGCCGGUCUCACUGUCUGUCAGAGGGACCGACCAAUCAUCAAGGAGUUAUGCAAGGGAGGCGGGCACAAACCAUACAGGAUGUCACGGCGGGAGAUGGCAGUGAUUAUGAGGACAGCGGUAUCGAUGGGCUGACGGGGGACAGUGAGGCGUCUCAGCACCACGCUCGACGCUAUAAGACCAUGUCUGCGUCUUUCUCCGCUUACUCCACGUCAGCAGGGGGUGCCUUCGCUGGGAGCGACAGUGGGAGCAGCAGCGGGGCUGGAGCGGGACCCUCAGAUGGCACACAGGGCGUCUAUGAGAACUUCCGUCAGGAGCUGGAGCAGAGCGUGAGUCCGGCGGAGGUUCCCAAGGAGAGAAGCUCAGCGUUCAGCGACGAGCAGAGCAGCGUGACGCUGAGCUCCGCUUACCACACCGACCCUCUGCUGAAUGUGGCCGCCGUGCAGGGAACUGUGCGCAAAGCCGGACGCCUCGCCGUCAAAAACUUCCUGGUGCAUAAAAAGAACAAGAAGGUGGAGCUCGCGCCUCGCCGCAAGUGGAAGAGCUACUGGGUGUCCCUCAAAGGAUGCACUCUGUUUUUCUACGAGACGGAUGGCCGGUCAGGCAUUGAUCACAACAGUGUCCCUAAACAUGCCGUGUGGGCCGAGAACAGCAUCGUCCAGGCCGUCCCAGAACACCCCAAAAAAGAUUUCGUCUUCUGCCUGAGUAACUCGCUCGGAGACUCCUUCCUUUUUCAGACCUGCAGCCAGACUGAGCUUGAGAACUGGAUCACGGCCAUCCACUCGGCCUGCGCCGCGGCCGUCGCUCGGCAACACCACCGCGAAGACACGGUGCGUCUGCUGCGGGCCGAGAUCCGAAAGCUGGAGCAGAAGAUCGACAUGGAUGAGAAGAUGAAGAAAAUGGGAGACAUGCAGCUCUCCGCUGUCACCGACGCCAAGAAGAGGAAGACCAUUCUGGAGCAGAUUUUCCUGUGGGAGCAGAAUUUAGAGCAGUUCCACAUGGAUCUAUUCCGUUUCCGCUGUUACCUGUCCAGCCUGCAGGGCGGCGAGCUUCCCAACCCCAAACGCCUGCUGGCCUUCGCCUCUCGUCCCACCAAACUGGCCAUGGGCCGACUGGGCAUUUUUUCAGUCUCUUCCUUCCAUGCACUGGUGGCGGCUCGCACUGAGAGUGGCGUGAGGCGUAGGACACAGGCGAUGUCGCGCUCCACCAGCAAACGCAAGAGUCGCUUCUCCUCACUAUGGGGUCUGGACACCCACUCCAAGAGAAAGAGUAAAGGUCAUCCCAGCAUCAGCCAGGUUUUUGCAGAAGGAGAUGACCAAGUUAAAAGUCCUCUAGAAGGCAUGUUUGAGGGUUCUUCUUGUGAGACGACGAAAGACACCAAGACCCCAGUGAAAGGUCUGCCAAGACCCAGCGCAGAUCAUGACAUCUGGUCCAGAGACCACCUCACUCCAUCAUGGGUGCUGCUGCCAAACGACCAGCCUGUGUUAGCCAUCAUCCAACCCGGAGAGUCGGCCCUCGACAUGCUGGAAACGAUCUGCAAGGCUCACCAACUGGACCCCACUAAACACUACGUGCGGCUUAAGUUCCUCAUUGAGAACCAAGUGCAGUUUUAUAUCCCCAAACCGGAGGAGGAUAUUUAUGAUCUGCUGUAUAAGGAAAUCGAGCUGUGCUGUAAGAUCAGGAAGGUCAUCCAGUUUGAUCGGGAUGAGUCCUGCAUGAUCGGCUAUGGGUUUUCUAUCUCUGUGGUGGAAGAGGACAGCGUACAGCAGCUCUAUAUCACUGACGUGAGAGCUGGAGGAUUAGCAUUCGCUAAAGGUCUGAACGCAGGAGAUGAGAUUCUGCAGCUGAACAGGAAGGAUGCCCGUACUCUGGCCUUCGCUGACAUGAAGGUGGCGUUUGCUCAGGUCUCUCUCUCGCUCACCGUUAACACACUGCCCCCUGUUGACCGCCGGCAGCUCUACUUCUUGCCACCGAGACGCUCGGACGCUGUGGACAACGUCUACACGGACAUCUUCUCUCAGAGUCAGGAGGAGAUUCUUGACGAUGGAGUGGGUCUGAUUGUGGAGACUUCCGGAGACAGUUUAGACGACGACUUGGAGCUCUUCACUGAGUUUGACGACUAUGGAAAGAGUACGGAGCAGGUUGCAGCUUUCUGCCGCAGUCUGCACGAGAUGAAUCCCUCGUCUGAGGUCGUCUCUUCCUUGUCCAGCCCGGAGUCUUCCUCACUUCCUCCGAGCAAUGCCACUCCACGCCAGCUCUCCGAUGCCGACAAACUCCGCAAAGUCAUCUGCGAACUGGUGGAGACGGAGCGCACCUACGUCAAAGAUCUGAACUGUUUGAUCGGGCGAUAUUUAACCCCGCUGCAGAAGGAGUCUUUCCUCACUCAGGAUGAGCUGGAUGUGCUGUUCGGAAACCUCCCGGAGAUGCUGGAGUUUCAGGUGGAGUUUCUGAAGACUCUGGAAGACGGAACCCGGCUGGUGCCGGACCUGGAGAAACUGGAGCGAGUGGAAGAGUUCAAGAAAAUCCUCUUUUCUCUGGGCGGCUCGUUCCUGUAUUACGCCGACCGCUUCAAGAUCUACAGCGCUUUCUGUGCCAGCCACACCAAAGUGCCCAAAGUGCUUGUCAAAGCAAAAACAGACGCGGCCUUCAAGGCAUUUCUGGACGAGCGUAACCCCAAACAGCAGCAUUCAUCCACGCUGGAGUCGUACCUGAUCAAACCCAUCCAGAGAGUGCUGAAGUACCCUCUGCUCCUGAGAGAACUGCACUCGCUCACAGACCCCGACAGCGAGGAGCACUACCAUCUGAACGUUGCAAUGAAAGCCAUGAACACAGUGGCCAGUCACAUCAACGAGAUGCAGAAGAUCCACGAGGAGUUUGGAGCCGUCUUUGACCUCCUCAUCUCUGAACAGACUGGAGACAAGAAAGAGGUUUGUGAACUUUACAUCAGUUCAUCAGAUUUCCUUCUUUAUUCCUGUAUUUACUACAGGAACCACCGAAGAACACAGUCUCAACGCAAGAAAGAACCACAGCUGGCCACAUUUGUGUUCAAAACCGCUGUAGUGUUCAUCUGUAAGGAUUACUCCAAGCAGAAGAAGAAAAUGGGUGGUUCUCAUAGAGCAUCUGUCUCAGGUGAAGAGAAAGAUCCGUUCCGUUUCCGCCACAUGAUCCCCACUGAUGCGCUUCAGGUGCGCACACUGUCAAAUACAGAUGGAGAGAGUGCAGCUGUGUGUGAGAUCAUCCAUGUGAAGUCUGAAUCAGAAGGAAGACCAGAGAGAGUGUUUCAGCUCUGCUGCAGCUCUCCAGAGAGUAAGAAAGAUUUCUUGAAGACGGUUCACUCCAUCCUGAGAGACAAACAGCGCCGUCAGCUGUUGAAGACGGAAAGUCUUCCUCUCAGCCAGCAGUACGUUCCCUUCGGAGGAAAACGCCUGUGCGCCCUGAAAGGAGCCCGACCGGCCAUGAACAGAGCAGUAUCUGCCCCGACUCGCACUCUGGGCCGGAGGAAACUGGUGCGGAACCGCUUCACCAUCGACACAGACAUUGUUUUCGACACUGAGCCCCACAGUGACUCACCGGACUCCCAGCAUGCUCAGCAGCAGGGCGUCGUUCCGGCAGGUGACACUGACCGCUGGGUGGAGGAACAGUUCGACCUUCAGUGCUAUGAGGAGCAGGAACAGGACGUGAAGGAAACAGACAUCCUGAGCGAUGACGACGAGUUCUGCCAGUCCGCUCUGAGCCCGUCCACCGAGCCGGACGUGGAGGGACCGCUUUCUGCCCUCUCGCUGGAGGGAGAUACGGCUGAGGAGGAAGAAGAGGAGGAAGAGGAGAGCAGGAAGGACUACAAAUCCCAGCAUGCCAAGCUGUCUCAUUUAGGGAAGCAGUGUGCCAUGUCUGUCGCCAGUGUGGAUGAGCAGGUGCCCGAUGAGGACAUCUGGGUGCGACGGGACAGCAGCACAGAGAACGAGGCACAGGACGAAACCCAGAGCUGAAACACAUCAGGAGACGGACACAAUUAAAGGAAUAGUUCACCCAA